AUGACUGAUAAAUGGUAUCAAGAUUCUGCUUUGCAUGAUGGAAUAUUUUAUAAUAGCAAUGAAAUAGUAGAAUUACUGCUUUCACUUGGUGCAAACAUCAAUGAAAAAGAUAAUGAAGGGAGAACACACCUUUUUGAAGCAGUUGAUGAAAAUAGAAAAGAAGUUGUUAAAUUUAUUCUUUCACAAGGCGCAAAUGUCAAUGAAAAACGUGAUUAUGGAAGAACAACUCUUCAAUCAUCAGCCGAACAAAAUUAUAAAGAAAUGGUACAACUUAUUAUCUCACAUAGCGCAAAUAUCAAUGAAAAGGAUGAAAAUAGAAGAGCAGCUCUUCAAGUUACAGAAAAACAUUUUGAGAAAGAUACUGUUGAGCUUCUUAUUUCCCAUGACGCAAAUAUAAAUGAAAAAGAUGAAGCUGAUAAAACAGCUCUUCAUGAUGCGGUAAUUAACAAUAAUAAGAAAUAG